AAUAAUAGAAUAGUAGGGUGCAGUAUAGGUUUACCGGCACAGUAAUAAUUUUAAUAUUUGGGAAAAAAUCGGUAAAUAGAAGCCGACUUUGUGCAGGUAAAUCAUUGUAUAGGUGUAACACAGACAUAUUUGAAAAGGGUUCGACCAGUUCUUAUUAUGAUGCCGUCGUUUGUAUGAAUGUAAAAAGAGGUUGACGUAAUCUAUUGCAUAGGGUUUAUAUUGAUGCGGAUGACGCGUGAAAAAUACGUUUUGUACAAAAUACAGAAUUCCAACAAUGAGUUUUAUUUAUUUAUUUUAUUUCCAUACAAGAUGAUUAUGAUCGUUUCUAGCAAAUUUUAUUAACAAACUCAUAACUGAUAUCCAAUUAAAUAUUUGAUGUGCCGUCAAGCAGUAAAAUUUAUAAUUUUUUAUGUAUAUACAUAUAUACAUAGUAUAUGACUGAUGAAAUGAUAAGUGUAUUGAAGGGUCGGGGGGGAAGGCUUUCUGAGUCAUUCAAGCUGUGCGAAACGUUAACAUUCUUUAGUAAAUUCAAGUUUAUCUAUUCAAUUAUCAAUUUUAUAAAUAUACUUUAUUGUGUUAACAAGAUUACAGACGAGGGAUGAGAAAUUAAUUUUAUCGUGUACUAUAAUAAUAAGUUUAUACUAUCCGUUAAUUUUUACGUGACUGUUUAUUACUAAAUAACCGUGGGGCAAUUACAUGUCAGUAAUAUGACAACUCGCGUAAUGUUUGAUGAAAAGAGUGAUAAUGGAUUAAUUGUUGGUGGUAAAUACCUACCAAAGGAAUUAUUAGCAGAAGUGUUCUGCUACGUUGAUUACGAAUCUUUAUUAAAUUGUCAACUUGUAUGUAAAUGUUGGAAAAUUUUGAUUCAAAGUUAUGUUUGGCGUAAAAAGGCAGAGAGUUGUGUUGGCCGAUCACUUUUGUUAGGUAAAGAUGUACCUUGGGAUGUAUAUUAUCUAAUAUGUAAAAAGAAACCUUUUGAAAGAAAUUUGAUAAAAAAUCAUUCUGGAGAACACGGAAGACAGAAGCAUUGGACAAUUCAUCAGAAUGGUGGAAAUCAUUGGAAAGUAGAAAAUCCUCCAGUAGGAGUACCAAUGUUACCAAUUAAUGAACCUGUUUUUGAGGGAAAGCAAUUUUGUUUUGUUACUUCUUAUUCAGAUUGCACCAAAGCACAAGUCAUUAAUCUAGAACUUGAAGGAUUAACGCCAUACAUUUUAGACAAUGUACAACCUCCAAUAUUGGUAAGCGAAUGGUAUAGUGCUCGUUGGGAUUGUUCAGCUGUUUAUGCUUGUGAUAUUAAAUUAUUAGAUAAUCCAGUUAUAAGUGCAGCUAGAAUCAUAGAUUCUUUUAAAUUUCGGGAUCAUAUUCAAGGGGAAAAUCAAAAUAAAUGGCAUUAUAUGUCGCAUGAGUUUGUAGGAUAUGGUCCUGGGUUAAGAGCAAUAUUAUUUUGUCACAGUGGUGUAGAUAGACAGUACUGGGCAGGACAUUAUGGGAGUAAAAUGGCAGGUGCUUGUGUGUAUGUGAAAAUUCCUACAGUACAAUAUUGUGACAACGAAGAAAGUAACAUAUUAUUAGAUGCAGAUUAACAGAAUUUCCAACAUGAAGUGUGUUAUUAAAAAAAACUUAAUUUAUUUUCUAUUGAAAACUGUAAUACCAAAUUAUAAUUUUCUAAUGGAUUAACAUUAAAA